AUGGCGAUGUCAAUGGGAGCUGCACGUAGGGGUAAACCAAAGAUUCGACCCCCCAAAAGACCUACAUCUGAAACCCCUAUCAAAGAUACAUGGUCAAAACUUGCUCAUGCUAUACGAGAAAUCCAAAAUCAUAACGCGUCCAAGUUAUCAUACGAGGAACAUUAUAGAUAUGGGUACAAUAUGGUUUUGCACAAACACGGUGAUCAGCUGUAUAAUGGAGUUAAAGCACUGAUAUCGGAACAUCUUGAUCGUUUAGCAGAGGAAAAGAUUGUCCCUACUUUUCCUAGAUCUGGUGGGACCAGAGGAGCAGGGAAGUUGGGUGGGGGAGCAGAAGCUAUAGAAAGAGCAUUAGAAGGUGAUAGGUUUUUAAAAGCUAUAAAGAGUGCUUGGGAAGAUCAUACUGGCUCAAUGAGGAAAAUUCGGGAUAUACUGAAAUACAUGGAUAAGGGAUACUCGACCGCGAAUGGAUUACCACUGAUAUACGAUGUUGGAUUAACGUUAUUCCUAUCACACAUAAUACGAUCAUCAAAACACCCAAUCCACACACACCUGAUUUCGACCUUACUGUCUCAAGUACAACUUGAACGUGACGGAGAAACGAUCACACGGUCGACAGUGAGAGAAUGUACGGACAUCCUAUUAAGAUUGAACGUACCUGAGAGGGAAGGUGGAAAGACUGUCUAUGUGACCGAUUUCGAGCCUGAAUUCUUAAGGAGAAGUGCAGAGUUCUAUGGAUUAGAAGCUGUCGAAGAAUUGGACAAGAACGAUGCUGCUCAGUAUCUUAGAAGAGUUGAACGACGAUUAGCAGAAGAAGCAGAUCGUACCGUUCAUUAUCUCUCUACAACCACACAUCCAGCAUUGCAAGAACUACUAAUCGCCAAUCUGCUAACGCCACAUCUACAAAGUGUACUCGACAUGCCUGGAUCAGGUUUGGUCACAAUGUUGGAUUCCGAUCGAUUACCUGAUCUACGUCGACUAUACACCUUAUAUCUCAAAGUCCCGAAAGACGAAGGGAAAACAGCGUUAAGGACAGCUUUAAGAGCAGAUAUCGAAGAACGUGGAAAAGCCGUAAAUGAAGGUACAAUCGAAAGGAAUGAUGCUGGACCAUCAACCGCUACUAUUGGUCAAGAUGAUGAAGAUGAUCCAAAAGGUAAAGGAAAAGCUAAAUCCAGCUCUACCUCAGCUUCGCCCAUUUCAAACGCGAUAAAUUCAGCUUUAAGAUGGGUUCAAGAUGUUUUGGAUUUGAAAGAUAAAUUCGACGGUAUAUUGGAAACUGCUUUCAUGGGUGAUAAACAAGUUCAAGUAUCAAUCAAUGAAGCAUUCCAAUCUUUCAUCAAUGCUAAUCCACGUGCACCAGAAUACCUUUCGUUGUUCAUAGACGAGAAUCUCAAAAAGGGUACUAAGGCUAGAUCGGACAUUGAAAUAGAAUCGGCUCUGGAGAAAACAAUCGUUCUAUUCAGAUUUUUAUCAGACAAAGACAAGUUUGAGCGAUAUUACAAAAACCAUCUUGCUAGAAGAUUAUUAUACGCCAGAAGUGCAAGUGAUGAUUCUGAGAAACAAAUGGUCACCAAGCUGAAGAUGGAGAUGGGAUUCCAGUUCACACAGAAACUAGAAGGAAUGUUCACGGAUAUGAGGCUAAGUAACGAGUCGGCAAAUUCGUUUAGAAAUUAUCAGAAUCGCCAUGGAACAAUAUCUAUCGACCUCAGUGUGAACGUUCUCACAGCUUCUUAUUGGCCUCAACCCAUAGUCGCAACAUCAACCUGUACUUUCCCAUCAGCAUUGCAACCUGCCAUGGAGACGUUCCAAAAAUACUAUGAUUCUCGACAUUCAGGUAGAAGAUUGACUUGGCAAGGUAAUCUAGGAACUGCAGAUGUUCGAGUUAGAUUCAAAAAUAGAUCACAUGAUCUGAAUCUAUCUACUCAUGCUUUGGUCGUUCUGUUACUCUUUGAGGAUAGUAAAGCUGGAGAUUCGUUAUCUUAUUCUGAAAUAAAAUCAUCGACAGAUCUUCCUGAUGCCGAUCUCAUACGGACACUUCAAUCAUUGGCUUGUGCCAAAUUUAGAGUGUUAAGCAAAAUUCCAAAAGGAAGAGAUGUGAAUCCUUCGGACAAAUUCGAAUUCAACGAGAGCUUCACAUCGCCUUUAGCUAGAAUCAAGAUUAUGCAAGUUGCAAGUAAGGUUGAAAGUGUCAAAGAGAGAGAAGAAACCCAGGAAAUGGUUGAUGAAGAACGAAAACAUCAAGUUGAGGCGUGUAUAGUAAGAAUAAUGAAAGAUCGAAAGACAAUGUCACACAACGACUUGAUAUCUGAAGUUGCUCAUCAGUUGUCGUCACGGUUUAGUCCUUCAAUGUCGUUGAUUAAGAAGAGGAUUGAGGGCCUGAUAGACAGAGAAUAUCUGGAAAGAACGAAUGAUAUGGGCUCUUAUCGAUACCUGGCAUAG